CCCAAACAUUCAAAUCGAAUUCAGAGAGAUCGAGAGAGAGAGAGAGAGAGAGCUUACCAUCAAUGGCUUCGAAGCAAGCAGACGGCAAUCUUCUCUCUCAUCAGAUCUCGGCCAUUCUCGACGAAUGCCGACUCUCGUACGCCGUCCAUCCCCGCAAGCUCAAAGAGCUCUCCGCCCUCCGAUCAUCCCCCUCUUCCAAACCCCAUUUCUUCGCCUCAUUCUCCCAAACCCUAAAACCCCUCUUCGAUUUCUCCCGCAAGACUGCCGCCGCUGAACGGAUUGUCCGGUUCGUCUCGAUCUUCGUCACCCGCCGCGACGAGAAGCAUGCUGCCGACUGCGACGCAUUCCUCGAAGACUUCUUGAAGUUCCUUCUGGUUGCGGCCGGGGCCACGAACAAGAACGCGAGGUUCAGGUCUUGCCAGAUAAUCUCCGAGAUCAUAAUGCGGUUGCCAGACGAUGCAGAAGUAAGCAAUGAACUUUGGGAUGAAGUGAUAGACUGUAUGAAGCAAAGGGUCGAGGAUAAGGUCCCAGCAGUUCGUACUUUCGCUGUUCGUGCCCUUGCACGCUUUGCCAACGACUCUGAGAAUGCUGACAUUAUUGAUCUGUUCCUGGAAGCUUUGCUUCGUGAACAAAAUGCUGAGGUUCGUAAAACAAUAGUUCUAUCUAUGCCUGCUUCAAGUACCACAUCAGCAGCUAUCAUCGAAUGCACACUCGAUGUGAGUGAGUCAGUCCGCAGAGCCGCAUACUGUGUUUUGGCUAAUAAGUUUCCCCUUCAAAGCCUAAGCAUCAAGCUUCGGACUGUUAUUCUUCAGAGGGGGCUUGCAGAUAGGUCCUUACCUGUAACAAAUGAGUGUCUCAAGUUGAUGAGAGAUGAGUGGCUGAUGAAAUGUUGUAAUGGAGAUCCUGUGGUCCUUCUUAAGUAUCUCGAUGUUGAGACAUAUGAAUCUGUUGGGGAGGCUGUGAUGGAAGCUCUUUUAAAAGCUGGGAUGGUGCACAUAGAAGAUGGUCAGAGUAUCAGGCAAUUUUUAGGAUCAGCUGAUGAAGCAAAGGAAGGACAAUGUGUCCCAGGCAUUCAGCUAAUGGAAGCAGAGGUCACUCUUUAUUGGAGAACUGUAUGUAGGCACUUGCAGGUUGAAGCGCAAGUUAAAGGCUCUGAUGCGGCAACAACAGCAGGCACUGAAGCAGCGGUGUAUGCAGCUGAAGCUUCAGAUAGAAAUGACCUUCUAGAGAGAGUUCUUCCUGCAACCAUUUCAGAUUACGUUGAAUUGGUGAAAGCUCAUCUUAUUGCUGGGCCGAAUUAUCAUUUCGCAUCUCGUCAGCUACUAUUGCUUGGCACGAUGCUCGAUUUCUCUGAUGCCACCAACAGGAAAGUUGCGGGUUCCUUUGUUCAGGAGCUUUUGAACAGGCCUCUUGAUCAUGAAGUUGAUGAUGAUGGGAAUAAUGUGGUCAUAGGUGAUGGCAUCAAUCUCGGUGGAGACAGAGAUUGGGCCCAAGCAGUGUCAGAAUUGGCGAAAAAAGUACACGCUUCUGUUGGAGAAUUCGAGGAAGUCAUCGUUGGUGCUGUCGAGCAGCUUGCUCGUCCUUGUAGAGAGAGGGCUGCCGACUUCAUGCAAUGGAUGCAUUGCCUUGCAGUGACUGGCCUCCUCUUGGAAAAUAUCAAAUCUCUUCGGUGUCUGCAAGGAACAGCCAUUGAAGCCUCUGAGCUACUGCAUGCAAUACUGCUUCCUGGGGCAAAGCACAUUCAUGUGGACGUGCAGAGAAUUGCUACAAGAUGCCUUGGCCUCUUUGGUUUGGUAGAGAGGAAGCCAAGUGAAGAGUUGGUGAAGCAGCUGCGACUUUCCUUUGCUAAUGGCCUGUCUCCAGUCAGUGUCAUGGCCAGUAAGGCACUACUUGAUCUUGUUAUGUGGCAUGGUCCUCAGGAAGUUGACAGGGCCAUGGGACUGGAUCUUUCAUCUCAAACACGUGAUGACAAGAAGUGUUUUACUUCUGUAAAACUAUCGGAUGUCAAUGGUGAUCUAACUGUUGAAAUGCUUGAUCUUCUAAAUGCUGGACUUGACCGAGAUGAUUGUGAUGAUUCCAUGGAAACGGAUGAUCAUGAGUCAGUUCAAGCUAUUCUAGGGGAGGGAUUUGCCAAAAUUCUCCUACUGAGCGAGAAUUAUCCAACCAUACCUGCUUCUUUACAUCCUAUACUCUUGGGCAGAUUAAUCAACUUAUAUUUCAGUAAUGAAACAAAGGAGUUGCUUAGGUUGAAGCAAUGUCUGUCUGUCUUCUUUGAGCACUACCCGGCACUUUCAGGAGAUCAUAAGAAGAGCAUCUCCAAGGCUUUUAUUCCUGCCAUGCGUUCCAUGUGGCCUGGCAUUUAUGGGAAUUCAGGGGGAGCUCCAGUUGUGGUAUCUGCUCAGCGAAAGCGUGCAACCCAGGCAUCCCGCUUCAUGCUUCAAAUGAUGCAAACUCCUCUAUACCCAAAAGAAUCCGAGGAAGGACAGUGCAACGAGAAGACCCCAGAAGGUCCUGAUGGUUCUGUUGAGCCUUCCCUCGACGUCGAGAGUGGAGAGGAAGGACUUGCCAUUCGCAUUGCUGAGGAGGUGGUGAGCUGUCCUAUGAAGAAGACAGCUGCUGGCAAGUCAUAUAUGUCAGCUUUGUGUAGAAUAGUUCUCUUGCUCAAUUUCCGUCACUCAGAGCAAGUAGCAAUAAAGUGUAUGAGGGGACUCUUGGGCCACAUGGUCGAAUCCAUAUCGGCGGACAAGGAACUCGUAAAAGAGCUGAAGCGGAUGGCAGUGCGUCUUAAAGCUCUAGAUGAACAUCCAGAUGAAGUGGUUUCACAAGAUCAAGCUAAUCUUAUUUUUGGAAUGCUAGGAUUGGAUGUCAACCUAGAUAUGGAUGUUUCUGCCGCAAUGCCACCGACACCGGCGCCCCGUUCAACUAGACCUGCUCCGACUAGGAGACGAGCAAGGCGGGAAGCAUCGUCCUCUGAUGAAGAAGCUUCACCUGUUCCUGUUGUUCCUAUGACUCCUCUGGCAAGUGGCCGAUCUCAAAGGGUGAGCAAGACGGUAGCGAUGAGUAGACUAACGGCCAAAAGAGCUCCAGUUCAUGAUGAUGAAGAUGAUGAAGAUGAAGAGUCAGAUGUUACAUCUGAUGGGACUUCAGAGGAAUCCGAUGAUGAGCCUGCAGAAUGAGCUGCUGUAAAUGAUCAUUGAUGAGGGAUGCAAUGGCUACUCGCAAGAGUAUGAUUUCUAAUUGUGCUCUCCCCAUGCUUGCCAUGUGGUUACCUGCAUGAUCUGGGCCAUUCAUCAGGUGGUUGUGUGCAUGAAAAAUGGAUUAUUUGAAAUGAAUUGACCAAUCUGAUGCAUGCCUGCAGUGAAUCUGAUUACCAAACAUGCCCGAUGUUUUGACUAAUGGCAUGUGCGUAGCCUUCCUGAUGACUGGCCUGGAUCUUGCAAGUGUGACACAUUGUCAUGUGUGGGGAGAGUAGGAUACAAGAUCCCACACUUGGUUGUAGCCAUAGCAGGGCCCAAUCAUUGAUACUGUUGACGUUGUCAUCAUCAUCAUUGUAUUAUCAUUAGCUGCAAAUGCAAUCGUCAUGGGUAGCUGAGGUUGGAUGAUGAUUUUUGUAUAAAAGGAAUGAUGUGUGUAUCAAAUGAAUGUAAGAUCUUAAAUGGGCCCCUGAGUGGUGUUGUGAACUGUAUCUUGGAAAUGUGUAGUUGGGCACAUUACAUCAAUGGCUCUCUUUUGAGGAUGUAAGAGCACUUUUUUUAAGCUAAUGGAGCUUUUAAUGUAGGAAUUUUAUUGA